GUCAUGUCAGUCAGUCGUUCAAUGCUAGGUAACAGCCACAUUGUGGUUCUGUUGCCUAGGCUUAAAUACGUCUCUUAUCACCCCACAUAGCAGGUAGCUCAACGAGUCUGUCAAGUUGUCAGACGCACGCAUCAGUUCUUCAUGGUCGAUUCAUUUCAGGAGUUCAUAUUGUUUCUAGAAACGUUAUUGUAGUAUGUAUAUUCGCGCACAUGUAUUGGGCUAUAGAGAUGUUUACGAUGUAGCCUAACAUACGCUGGUUUCAAGAUAUACAGAACGAAACGAGGAAGGAGCCACGCGCUCGGAGGGAGUUGCUUGCUUUAGCAGAACCAACAGUGGAGUCGACCAUGGAGAUGGAAGAGGACACGACAGUGAACAUAUCGACAGUCGGUAAAAUAACCUUUCUGGACUCUGAGUUCCGUUACACCCUCUUCCCAGUGUUUUACGGUGUUGUGUUCGUCCUUGGUCUGAUAGCCAACAGUUACGUGCUGUUCGUGCUGCAGCGCCUGCGCAACGCCAAGGCCAUGAAUGAGAUCCGCAUCUACAUGGCCAACCUGACUGUUGCCGACCUCCUCUUCGUGUGCGCCCUCCCCUUCUGGAUUGGCUACUACCACCACCGCGGUGACUGGCGCUACGGCGACAUCCUGUGCCGCGUCACCGGGGCGUUCUUCUUCAUCAACACCUACUGCUCCAUCCUCUUCCUCGCCGCCAUCAGCGUCAACCGUUACUGGGCCAUCACACGCCCGCUGGAUGCCGCCUCGUCUGACCAUUGGCGCCGCGGGGUGGCCAUCACGGUGGUCAUCUGGGCGCUCACUCUGUCCAUGUCCGUGCCGUACCUCUUGGAGACGGGCAUCCAGGUGGACGACAGCAACGUGUCGCGCUGCUUUGAGGGCUACCACAACAAGACUGACGACGAGAAGCGGACUGUGGCCACCACCCACCUCAUCAUCGUGGGGUGCUUCAUCUUGGUCUUCUUCCUCGUAGUAAUCUGUAACCUGCUCAUCGCCCGUGCCCUGCUCACCCAGUCCCCUACCCAGACUCGGGGCUCCAGUUCAUCCCAGCUCCGGGGGGUGAAGGGCCAGGCCUUGCAGAUGCUGUGUGCCGUGGUGGGGGUGUUUGUGGUGUGCUUCCUCCCCCACCACGUGGUCCAGGGUCCCUGGACUCUGGCUGUACUGGAUAUCAAGGAGGGCUGGGGAAGAAUGGACUGGGGCCAGCGGACCAGGCAGUGGCUUAACGACGCCCACCAGGUCACCUUGAUGCUGAUGGGGCUCAACUGCCUCCUGGACCCUGUGGUGUACUGCUUCGCCACCAGGAAGUUCCGCAUGUACAUCAAGGACAAUCUGAAAAAGGUGGGGAGGGGCAAAGGAUGCUCGGAAACAGCCAUCACACACAUUUCUAUGGUGGAGUGCAAGAAUGUGAGCCAGCGGCUCCAUAGCGAACAGCAGCAGCUGAAGGUUUAAAUCUCUAGAUGACAUGGUAUUGUAGAUAUUGUGUCUAAUGCUAAUACUGUUGUUAGUAACCACAUCCUCAGGAUGCUUCAUUCCAUCACACCCACACCUAACAAUGAACACAUAGUGCAGAACAUGCACUCUGCUAUGUAGCCUCGUGUUCAUUCAGACACAUCACAUGAACAGAUGCACCACCACACAGCCCCACCCAGAGUAUGAUUCCCCUCUAGAUUUCCUUCCUAUAGGGAUUUGUCCUGGCCACUGUGCCAGCUAUAAUCAGUGCUUUAAAGAAUCUUUGGACCAUUGAUUCUUUGUUUUCACAUUUCAGAUGUACUGUACAUUGUAUCUCACACUUUGUUAUUGUGACUUCAAUUUAAUCACGUUUCUUCCUGUUCUUCCAGUGUAAUCAGAGAAGAGAAGCAGACGUUUUAUAGGGAACAGGAGCUUCUAUAAAAGAUUGCAAAAUAUCUCUACAAACUCAGUCCCAAGCCACUAGACUAGAUCCUUAGAUAAAAUGGAUAUCAAAUUACAUUUUAAAUAUCACAUGCACAGAAUGCAACAGGUGUAGGUAGACCUUACAGUGAAUUGCUUACUUACAAGCCCUUAACCAACAAUAGUCCUACCACUGUUGGAGCCUUCUAAAUUGGGUGCUGAACAAUAGCUCUAUAAACUCAGUCCCAAGCCACUAGACUAGAUGGUUAGAUAGAAUAUAUAUGGUGCAUAUAGUCAGAUUGUCCUACCACUGUUUGAGCCUUCUAAAUUUGGGUGCUGAACAAUAGCAAUUCAUUUAAAAAAAUCAUUGUUCUUGAGCACCUAAUAUGGACAUAUAUUCACACAUAAAAAUGAGGUUUUCAGGAUGCUGGCUGUCCGUCAAGUUCAUGCAUGUUGUGAUAAACUAAGCUUUGUAAUGAACUGAAACUGUAAUUGUGAAACUAAGAAUUGCAUUGGCACAGAUGUCAGUUCAACGUCUAGUAUUGAUUAACAUUUGGUUGAGUUGUCUUCUAAAUUGGGUGCUGAACAAUAGCUGGUCGUGAGCAAGGAAUAAAAAAAAUCCUUGUUCUUGAGCACCUAAUAUGGACACAUAUUAAUAACAAUGAGCUUUUUAGGAUGCUGGCUCUCCGUAAAGUUUGUAAUGAAAUGAAACUGUAAUUGCCAAAUGAGCUAUGCAGGAUUGCGUUGAUUUUAGCCUACAUAUUAUUUUAGCCUACUCUCACAUGUGGUACGAUGUGAAAUUGUAUACGUUUUGCAAUUUUUGUAAGAUUGCAAAUGAAAUACUGUGAGGCAAAAAGUACUUUCGGUCACACUUUUAUUUGGACAGUCUGGAUAACCCAUCUAGAGAUUCUGUACAUACUAUGAAUAAACUUAUCUGUUGAUAAGAAAUUGCUUGCUAAGGUUACGCUUAUGGUUAGAAUAAGUGUUAGCUUAAAACCUGUUAAGGAAGUUGAGAAUUCAAGCAGCUUUUCGCAGCUUUUUGUUAAAAAUCGCGCAACAUUUCAGCACCCUGCUAUUCAUGCCAGGAAUAUAGUAUAUGCAUAUGAUUAGUAUGUGUGGAUAGAAAACACUCAGCCAUUUCUAAAACUGUUUAAAUCACGGCUGUGACUAUUACAGAACGUGCGUUUCAUCGAAAAGUGCAGGGAAAACUGAUCACUGAAAAUUGAAAAAUAUAUCUAUCCGCGACUUCAAGGAAUUGUUCAAAGUGAACCGAAUUAAAUAGGGCCGAGGUUACAGUGCCUACAGCUUCCACACGAUGUCUAUAGUCUUGUCAUUUGAUUCAGCUUUGAUUCUUGGUCGAACCGAUUCAAGGGAACUCAUUCCCUCCAGUCUCCGACCGGAUGUUUUGGUCGACCUCUCUUCAGACAUGUUUUUCUACACGGACAGCUAAAGAAAUUACAUCGCCUCCUGAUGAAUUUUAUCACUUAUUAACGUGUACUAAUACCUAAAGUUGCAUUAGAACAGUAUUUCGAAGUGUUUUGUGAAAGUUUAUCGUCGACUUUUUGAAUUUUAAAAAAUGACGUUACGUUAUGAAACGCUAUUUUUUUCCGUUUAUCACACAGUAUUCUUAGAUUGAUAUCUAGGCUAUAUAUGGACCGAUUUAAUCGAAAAAAGACCCUAAAUGAUGUUUAUGGGACAUCUAGGAGUGCCAAGAAAGAAGCUCGUCAAAGGUAAUGAAUGUUUUAUAUUUUAUUUCAGCGUUUUGGUUUGCGACGGCUAACGCAAAAUCUGUCGUGUUAGGUGACGUUGCAGUAUUUUGAGGGUGUAUGGUAUCAGAUAAUAGCUUCUCAUGCUUUCGCCGAAAAGCAUUUUACAAAUCUGACUUGGUGGAUAGAUUCACAACGAGUGUAGCUUUAAUUCAGUAUAUUGUAUGUAAAUUUUAAUGAAAGUUUGAGGUUUAUCAACCUCUAUAGGUGGCGCUCUUGAACAUUUCCGCUGAUUGUGGUCCCCACCUCGGGACCACGUCCUUAAGAAGUUUUAAGGGUUAAGGUUAGGAUAAGGGUUAUGUUUAAGAUUAGGGUUAAGUGCUAGUGGAUAGUUGAAAUGUUAGUGAUAUUAUUGUUACAGCUACUUAUUGCACAGAAUGAGGGAAUAAUACACUUCACUGCCCUUUUUAAAAGGCUGGUAACCAUGUGAUGAACUUGAUGACUUCUCAACCGCCAGCUACUGAAGUAGUAACAGAGACGUGAGGGUUAUGAAGUUAAUAGACCUCUGGUAUAAAUGUUGCAGUAACUCUAUGUUUUUGAUGCAUUUAAAACAUAUUGUUUAACACGCUGUACUGCAUCAUUCUCAAUGUAAAUAUGAUUUGACAGAUACAUUACAGUUCAAAAGUUUGGGGUCACUUAGAAAUGUCGUUGUUUUUGAAAGAAAAGCUCAUUUUUAAUCCAUUAAAAUAACAUCAAGUUGAUUUGAAAUACAGUGUAGACAUUGGUAAUGUUGUAAAUGACUAUUGUAGCUGGAAACGGCAGAUUUUUUAUGGAAUAUCUACAUAUUAUGAGCAGCCAUCACUCCUGUGUUCCAACGGCACGUUGUGUCAGCUAAUCCAAGUUGAUGUUGGCCUACAAGGCCAGCAUCCCAGAGUCACCUCUUUAUUGUUGACGUUGAGACUGGGGUUUUACGGGUACUAUUUAAUGAAGCUGUCAGUUGAGGACUUGUGAGGCGUGUCCAACUAGUCCAAAAAAGGCCCGUUUUAUUGCUUCUUUAAUCAGGACAACAGUUUUCAGCUGUGCUAACAUAAUUGCAAAAGGGUAUUCUAAUGAUCAAUUAUCCUUUGAAAAUUAUAAACUUGGAUUAGCUAACACAAUGUGGCAUUUGAACACAGGAGUGACGGUUGCUGAUAAUGGGCCUCUGUACACCUAUGUAGAUAUUCCAUUAAACAUCAACCGUUUCCAGUCUCAAUAGUCAUUUACAACAUUAACAUUGUCCACACUGUGUUUCUGAUCAAUUUCUUUCAAAAACAAGGACAUUUCUAUGUGGCCCCAAACUUUUGAACGGUAGUGUAUAUUGUUGUUGAAAUGCCUGUUUUUUGUUUCACAAUAUUUCUUUAAUUCAAAGCUUCCAUUAAAAGAUUCCCGAGAAAUAUCA